AAUGGUUGUAGUAGAACACACUAGGAAGAAACGUAGAUACACAUAGAAACGAAAAAUAUGUUGACUGUCAAAAUAGAAAAUUUAAAAGAAAGAGAAUCGCAAAUUGCAGAUGGCAGAAAAAAAAAAGUUGGUUUGUUGUACCAAUUUUUUCUUCCACACAAUAAUAAGUUGGUUUUAAAAUGGAAACACGGAACUUACAAAACAUGUAAUAAAGAUAAAUUAAUUAAAGAUUGUACUAAUUACAAUCCAUCAAGAAAACAUUGUUGCUUCGUGAAAUGUAUUAUUUGUUAUAAGGACCAUUAUUGCUGCUCAUGUUACCAGUAUAAAACAACGUUAAUUUAUAUAUGUAAUAUAUGCAACAAAGUCGACAUACUGCUGGAUAAAACUUUCAAACAAGAGUUGUUUCGCAUCUUCAAAGUUGUAAGAGAUGUUGACAAAUUGGCGAAAAAUACCAAAUUCAAAGAGAUAUUUACGUUGGGCCACUUGAAAAGUUUAGGAGAGAUCAUAAAAAAUAGGCCAGAAGGUUUAGAGUGGAAUAUGGAUGUGACUCUAGAAAGUUAUGGUAAAUCUGACAUACAUGUGGCUACAAUGUUAGGUAAGGUAGAAAUUGUGAAAAAGAUGAUUUAUGAAGGUGCAAACCUAUCAGUCCAAGAUAACGACGGAGAUACUUUAUUACAUUACGCUGUUUUUGGAGAUUAUACAGAUAUUUUAAGUAUGUUUAUAAAUGCUGGUAUCAAGUUGGAUACGCGGAACAACGAAGGAUGUACGGCACUUCACUGUGCCAUACUAAACAAUUAUAUAGAAAGUGCUAAAAUACUGUUAUCCGCUGGUGCAAACAGUAAUAUCACCAACGUCAAUGGUAGUACAGCUUUCCAUGAUGCUAUUAAAGUAUCUUCAGAUGUUCUUAAUUUAUUAAUUAAAGCAGGCUCCAAUUUGAAUAUUCCAAAUGAAGAGGGCUACAAUGCUCUUAACAUAGCUAUUAAAAAUCAUAACGAGAUUGCUGUUAAUAUACUAUUAGCAGAAAAUGCUGAUCCAAAUUUCAAAGAUUCGAGUGGGAAUACAGCUUUACAUAAUGCUAUAAUGAAUAUUCCGGAUUAUUUUGAUUUCGCAAUAAAAAGUGAGUCCGAAACAUAUGAUGAUGUAUACUGUAAUGCUAUUCAUUUCGACGUUCAAAAAUACUCGACUCAACCUGUUAAAAUUUGCGUUAACUCAACUCCAAUUUUUAACUGCAAAUAUAUGAGACAGUUUGAAAACUUAUUUAUUGAGAAGUCUCCUAACUUUGUUGCAACUCUAAUCAUGGCUGGUGUAAAUUUAAAUAUGCCUAAUAAAUUAGGUUAUACUCCUCUCCAUUUGGCAAUUGUUAAGAAGUCAACUUACUGUGUGCAAACCCUGCUUAGUGCAAAGGCAGACCCGAACUGCAAUGAUUGGAAUGGAAAUACAACUUUACACAAAGCUGUUGAAAAUGAUCCUAGUUGUCUCGAAAUACUUAUAUCGGCAGGUGCACUUUUAAAUGUGCAUAAUAAGCAAGGGUUGACAGCUUUACACACUGCCGUACGUACGGAAUGUAUACAUUCUGUGGAAAUUUUGCUGAAAGCAGGCGCCGAUACUAGAUACAAGGAUUUUAAGGGUAAUACAGCAUUACAUGACGCUGUCAAAACGGAAUCCCAGUUACUGGAACUGCUAGUAAAGUCAGGUGCAGAUUUGAAUACAUUUAACAAUCGUGGGUAUACACCUAUCCGCAUUGCUAUUAAUAGACAACGUGAACAGAACUUUAUAAUUUUGCUAAAUGCAGGUGCUGAUCCCAAUGGUAAAGAUUUUAAUGGGAAUACGCCUCUACAUAAAGCCGCUAAGAAAUAUCCCAAUUUUGUUGACUUGCUUGUAUGUUCUGGUGCUGAUGUAAACGUAAUGAAUCAGAAAGGUUUCACACCUCUACAUAGUGCCGUACUCAGUAGCAAUGAAGAGAGUGUCAGAAUUCUGUUAGCUGCAAAUGCCGAUCCAAAUGUGAGAGAUAGAGAGGAUAAGACAGCACUGCAUAUUGCUAUUGAAAUGAAUUUAUUUAAAAUUAUGAACCUUCUUUGCAAUGAUCCCCGAGUAGACUUAGAUAAUGAUUUUGGCUAUAGUCUAUUAUUUCAAGCAGUUUCCAAAUGUAAUAUCAACCUUAUAGAAAUGAUCGUUGAAAAGAAUGUUAAUAUAAAUGUAACAGAUGUACAUAGAAAUACUCUAUUACAUAUAAUAUUAUCUAAUAGACACAAUACUACAACACAAAUUUUCCCAAACGAACGUUCUAAAAUAUAUGCUAUUUAUAAUGCAAUAAGUUUUAUUUCAGACUGUAGACUACAAUUUGCUAUUGCAUGUUAUUUAAUUCAAAAGGGUAUCAACAUAUUUGCGAUUAACUCAAAAGAUGAAACUGCAUUAAAUUUGGUUGAUAAUUCAAAUGAAUUGAAUUUAUUGAAACGUUAUAAACCUCUUGUUGAAUGUAAAUUCUGCUCACAGUUUACAGAUAAUAACAUACGUUUGGAACCUUGUAAUCACACACCUGCUUGUUCCGAUUGUUCACAAUAUAUGAAGAACUGCCUGUACUGCAGUAUUCCCAUCAAAAACCGAGUUACAAUUGAUUAUAGAGUUAUACCAUAUAAGAGACGACAAUGGCAUGAAAAAGAUCCUUAAUAUUUAUAAAUUAAGACCAAUAAUAUACAGAGAUUCAGGAAAUAAUGAAUUUAUUUCUGAAAAACCCAGUAAAAAUUUUGAUG